CUAUAUGGCAGUAUUUUUCAACUCUAUCUCCAUGUAUCAUUACGAAGGACCUCGUAUUAUCAGAUUAUGCCGAAUUCCGCAUUUUGACCAUCACGUUCUACUACUACAGUUUAUCCUGACUAUGUCGGACGUUCUCCGACGGAUUACAGCCGAAGAAGAAAAGUGGGACAGGUUCACUCAUGGUACACAAACGGGGCUCUACUUGAUCGUGCAAGCGAGAUGAUCUACCCAGGGAUAUCUUUUAACAACAAAGUUGGCACCACGUCGCUACACGGGACCCCGGCUGGAAGUUGGAACGCGAAUGUCCCCGGACGUUGUCCGAAGCGUCCCCAGUUGACGACCCACACACGACCACAUCUGUACGUCCAUCUGCUUGAAGUUCUCUUAAUAAGAUAUAUUUGAACAUCGCUCUGUGGACUCUGAUCCCAAAGCAGAGAAUUCUAUAUGCAACGAUGUCAGACCCAGACAAGGCACUAAAUAACGACGACUAUGAUCUAUCUAAGCAGCUUGAUAUAUCGGUCGGCUUGAAAAAGAACCUCACAUCGUACGGAGAUCAACACUUCUCUCUCUUUCUUCGAAAAGUCUUUAUCAAAGCUCUCGGUUUGAGUGACGAUGCUCUCUCACGUCCAAUCAUCGGAAUCAUAAACACCUUCUCGGGCUUCAACCCGUGUCAUGGCAAUGUUCCACAACUCAUUGAAGCAACAAAGCGAGGCAUCCUGUUGAAGGGCGGGCUUCCGAUAGAAUUUCCAACCAUCAGUCUCCAUGAGGCGUUUUCGAGCCCAACAAGCAUGUUUCUACGGAACCUGAUGAGCAUGGACACGGAGGAGAUGAUCAAAGCCCAGCCAAUGGAUGCUUGUGUCAUGAUUGGAGCACAGCUGAUGGGCGGUAUAUCUGCAAAUAGACCUAUCCUGCCACUAGUCACCGGGCCCAUGAUGCCCGGCAGCCACAGAGGAAAACGACUCGGUGCAUGCACAGAUUGCAGAAGCAACUGGGCUGCGUUCCGAGCUGGUAAUAUCGACAUGGAAGACAUCUCCGCGCUGAACGAAGAACUCGCUCCUACGAUAGGCACAUGCGGCAUCAUGGGCACCGCCAGCACAAUGGCCUGCAUCACCGCCGCCCUCGGACUCAUGCCUCUCCGUGGCGCAACCGCACCAGCCGUCUCCUCCGCCCGGCUCCGCAUCGCCGAAGAAACCGGAAUGAACGCCGUCCAAGCCGCGCAAACCCAGCUCCUCCCCCAAACAAUGCUCACCAAAGAAAACUUCCUCAACGCCAUCACCGUCCUCCAAGCCCUCGGCGGCUCCACCAACGCCAUCAUCCACCUCCUCGCCAUCAUCAACCGCCACCCCACCCUCGCCGGCCAAAUCACCCUCGACACCAUCGACGCCAUCGGCCGCCGCACCCCACUCCUCCUCGACCUCAAGCCCAGCGGCGAAAACUACAUGACCGACUUCCACAACGCCGGCGGCAUGCUCGCCCUCAUGCACACCCUCGCCCCGCUCCUCCACCUCGACACCCAAACCAUCUCCGGCUCCUCCCUCCGCACCAUCCUCUCCACAAACCCCUUCCGCCCCUUCCCCCUCUCCCACUCCAUCAUCCGCCCCCUCUCCACCCCCCUCGCUCCAAACUCCUCCCUCGUCGUCCUCCGCGGCAACAUCGCCCCCGAAGGCUGCAUCCUCAAGGCCUCCGCCAGCCUGCUCAAACCCCUCCUCACCCACCGCGCGCCCUGCCUCGUCUUCUCCAGCCCCGCAGACAUGGCCGCCCGCAUCGACGACCCUCACCUCCCCGUCUCACCCUCCACCGUCCUCAUCCUACAAACCAUAGGCCCCCGCGCCGGGCCCGGCAUGCCCGAAGCAGGCCUGAUCCCGAUCCCGCGCAAACUAGCCCUCCAGGGCGUGCGCGACAUGCUGCGUAUCAGCGACGGGCGGAUGUCUGGCACUGCGGGCGGGACGGUGGUGCUGCAUGUGAGUCCCGAGGCGGCGGUUGUGGAUAGUGUGUUUGGCGUGGUGCGCUCGGGGGAUUGGGUUGCGGUGGAUGUUGAGAGGCGGUUUAUUGGCGUUGAGCUUGGGGAGGAGGAGAUUGGGCGGAGGAUUGCGGAGAGGAGGGAGGGGAGGGGAGGUGGGGGAGUUGGACAAAGGGAGGCAGCGACGAGGGGUUAUCGGGCGCUGUAUGAGCGGACGGUCAAUCAGGCGCAUGAGGGGUGUGAUUUUGAGUUUUUGAGAAGUGAGCCGAGGGUGUUGCCGUAG